AUUCGCUUCGCCUCCGAGUCCGGACGCGCCGCCGAUUCGGUCUUCUCGCCGGCGAUUCCGGGGAAGCUAACAGCGCCCAUGGCCAGGGUCCGGCGGAAGCGGCGGCGGGGAAGAGCACGGCCGCCGCAGGGUGACCCCUCGGCAACGGAGCUCACCGCUCUCGGCCACAGGGAAGAUCCUGUUGCAGAGAGGCCCUUUAAGAAAACCUACCACUCAUCAGAUUCUACAUCCUCAACCUUGUGUGAGCCCCAUGUUUGGUCAGGUCUCCUGGACAGCCUGCUUCACCAAGUCAUUGCUUUGCUUAGCUCAUUCCAGGACUUGCUUGCUUUUAGUGGCACCUGCCACUCUUGGCGAGCUGCAGUAUCUUCCUUCCCGUCCAUAUAUACUUUCACAUUCCCACCUCUCCACCUAAAACCACAUGAUUCCAAUCUCCAUUCCCUUUGCAGCAAUUUCAAGGACAUCCUUUUAACUUCUUGCAAAUGGCAGCUUGGUGAUCCAUCCAAGAGAAACCUAUCCCUCCGCGAAAUACUCCAAAUUGCAUGCACUAUUUGGGUUGCUCUCAUGGGUAUCUCAUCUUCUCGUAUCAUGAGAACUGCCUCCUUGUUGAUGUGUACACUAGCAUUAAGAUGGAGCCUCCCAAACUCCAAUCCUCGAGCAACAAGGAAAUCUACUAUGGCAUCCUCACAGCUCCACUCAAUUCACCCAACUCGCGUCUCGUGCUUUGUUCGAGAUCCUCGAUAUUCUAUUGGCAGGUUGGAACAAACUCUUGGUCAGAGCACCCCUUUUGCGGUGAGCGCAUUCUUCAGAUUGUGCUCUUCAAAGCCAUCUGAAGAUUCUGAUGAACCUUGGACUACAGUCGAGCUUGGUCAGUCAGUUCUUCGUACAGUUCGCUGCUUUCCAUAUGGCCAUCGACUCUUGCAAACCAAUGGCCAUGGCAGUCAAUUAGAGAACCUCUGGGUGCUCCCCCGUUUUGUUUAUGGUGCUGAUCAGUGAUCGAUCAUCUCCGUUUUGUUGACAUCAAGUUUUAGCCAGCGUUGCACAAGCUCUAUCAAUACUGCUUGUACCUGUAAGGCUGUAAUGGUUUCUUGACUUGGCAUAAAUGGAUUCUUGUAAACUUAAAUCGAAGUUGUAAUGUCAGUUCCUCAUUUUCACA